UUGGAAAGCAGAUCUCAGCGAUAGACUGUGAGAUGACGAGGCACAGCACUUAGAUAAUCAAAGAACUCUGUCAUAGUUAGCUUUGGUGAGAUGAAACUUGCGAUUGGUGGAGACUGGUUGUGAAGUCGAGGCUACAAGCUUACCUUUCCUCUUUUACUCUUUUUUCUUUUAGUACUCGGUCUUCUUCUCAGAUUUAUAAUUCUCCAAAAAGAUAACAUUUUUGCGCUGGCUGAGAAGUUCGUUCAGGGUGCUGCUUCUUCGGAAAUUAACUCUUAUAUAGGAAGGUUUCAUCACUUUCAAAAUUUAUACAGAAUCUACAAAAUGACGCGUGUGUUGAUUUUAUUUCUAAACUGCUUUCUUCACAUUCACCAAGUGGCAGGAAUUCGAUGUGUACAAUGUUUGUCAGAUGUGGAUCCAGAAUGUAUAAACAAUCCUCCUCCAGCCAAGAUCUGCCACGGCAAGGACAUGCUUUACUGUAUUGUGAUCGAACAAAGAACACCUAGUGGCGAACUUCUUCAUUUAACAAGAACCUGUAGUCCUGGAGACAUCAUCACUGAAGAAUGUGAUGAUGGCAUCGCCGAGGGAGGACAGACUAUAUAUAUUUGUCAUCGAGUAUGUGGCACGGACGGUUGCAACCGUGGAGCACCUUCUGGUGGUAUAACUAUUCUACCGCUCUUUGUAUUUACUCUUCCCUCCCUCUAUAUGGUGCAUUUAUAUAUCAAUAAAUUCAGUUUUCACCAGAGCUAAAUUAUUUUUAGACAAACUUAGUAAUUUCAAACUCCAUGAACCAAAGGAAAAGUACAUUUCAGUAAUUAUCUAAAGAAUGUAGAAAACGGAAAAAAAAACAACAACAACAUAAGAUCCCUAGAAUAGCUCGUCCACUUCAAACUAUUUUGUUUUCGUAUAGAUGUAAUAUUUCAAUACAAUGUAAAAUAUUAAUUUAUUACACAAAGCAUUCUAUUUAUUACUCACUCUCAGAUUUAAAAACCGUUAAAAAGGUAAAAAGAAGUAAAACUCCAUAAAAAGUAUAAAGGAAAUAAUUAUGUUAGAAACAUAUU